CAAACACACAGACAUGUACAUACACACACAGAAACAUGUACUCGCACACACACACACAUACAGACACAUAUAUAUACACACACAGGCAUGUACAGACACUCAUACACACAUAUACAUGUACAUACACAGAAAUACAAACACACACACGUAUGUACAUAUACACAAACACACACACACACACAAGCAUACACAGACACACACACACACCCUAUAAAAAGUUUCAGUACUUCCUUGUUCACUCACAGAGCCGGGUACUGCACUCUAGGAGAGGCAGAGAGCACAGCACACACUCCUUCCUCUGCUUUCACUGCACGCAGCUAUUAAGCAGUCUGACGGUUCCCAGUGCCAGUGACAGAUCAGGCCUGAGCUCCGAGCCUGCUCAGCAAGACGACCCUGGGGGACACACUCGCCCCCACCAUAAUUUCCACUCGCCAUUGGCGAGCAGGCGAGUGGAAAAUUCAAGGCCUGGUGUACUCUGUGUA